CGCUCCCUGGAUUGGCAGCCUGUGCCAGCUGUGCCCGUGUCGGCAGAUUUCGGCUGCUGCCUGCACGUGCAGCUCAGGUGCCUGCCCCGACGGCGAGGCCGAGACGCCGCACUGAAGCAGAUGCCCAAGCCCUUCCCAGUGCCGGAGGAGAAGGCAGAGCCGUGGCCGGCGGCGCAGCGCCUGGCACCCGUCUUGCCGCCAGAGCUGGACCGGGAGCCGCAGCUCUGCCGGGCCCUGUUUGACUACACCCCGGAGCUGCCGGACGAGCUGCCGCUGCGGCGGGGAGAUGUCGUCCAGGUCCUCAGCAAGUGGACAGAGGUUGAGGGCUGGUGGGACGGGCAGUGCCGGCACCAGAGAGGGCUCUUCCCCAACAACUUCGUGGAGCUCCUGCCGGCGCCGGUGCCCACGUUGAAGCCGGCGAUGCCAUCCCGGGACACGGAGUCCGGUGAGUCUGGCCCCAGCGGCCAUCCGGCCCCGGGGGCCUCGGUGUCCCGCCAGGACGGCCGGGCAGCCCCGCGGCCGGGUGCAAGGUGGGUUGGGGCAGCCGGGGGGCCGGCCGUGCCAGGGGGCAGGAGGAGCCCCGUGGGGCACGGGGAUGCGGCGUGGACCGGCACCGAGGUGCUCUCUGCUUCAACUUCCUUCCCAGCGAGGAGCCGAUUUCCUCCGGCGUCACGUGCGCGGUGUGGGGCAGUGGCAGCCAGGGGAGCCUGGCACGGCAUCGCACCACACGGCCUCGUGGGCAGCCCCGCGCCAGCAGCAGCCUGUAAGACAGCGAAGGACGAGGAGGGGGAGCACCCGGAGUUGCCGGCACCGGUGAGGAUGGAGCCGGCUAAGCUCCCCCCCAGCAAGAGGAUGGCUCCUGCUCCCCCCGUCCCUGCCAAGGCCAAACCGGCCCCCACACCGGCGAGCAAGCUCGGCGGCCCCCAGCCCUGCGCCUCGGCCGACACGGAGCAGGGCAGAGCUGGCGACCCAGGUAGGAGCUGGGUGCCGGCACCGGGCGCCGCAGCCGUCGCGGGGCCGUGCCCUGCGCCAAUGCCGGGCGCCGAUACUCUCUCUUCGGCAGACGCCGACGGCUUCAACGCGGUGCCGGUCACCACGGCCAAGCUGAGCCACCCCACUGCCGCACGCCCCCGGGUACCCGGCCAGCGGCCCCCCAGCCUCGCGCUGGGGAGCGUGGGGGGUCCCCACGCCGGGCCCUGCGCCCCUCUCCCCAGCGCGGGGCAGGCGCCCGGUCCGCCACGGAGCACGGAGGUGCCAGCGGCACCGCGGCCGGAGGAGAGGCUGGCCCUGGAGGACCUGAAGGCUGAGGUCCGGUCCCUGCACAUCCUCGUGGACCUGAUGCGAGUCCAGCACCUGCGGGACCUGGAGGACAUGCGGCUGGAGAUGUGUCAGGAGCGGGCCAAGCGCCAGGCGCUGCAGGCGGAGAUUGAGCGGGUGAGGAAGGUGCUGCCCUGCUAGCACUAUCGGGGGCUGCGGUGCCCACCCCUCUGCGGCCCCGGGGGUGGCACGCGGUGCUGCGGGAGCUGUGCCGGUGCUGUGCCAUGUGCCCCCCGGCCCCGCUGCCCCCAGCCCCGUUCUGCACCGAUUGAGCCUGAACACCCAUUCUGCACCCAGGCACCGCUUUCUGCAGCAACAGCCCCUGGGUGUAUAGAUACUGUUUAAAAUAAACUAUAUUUUGGGUAUGGAGUGCUGCUGGGCUGUGUGGGUGCUGCAGAGGGCAGAGCCCUGGGGCUGCCACAUCCCUGUGGGCUUGGGCAGGGCUGGGCUGGUCCUGCCGGGCACGGGGGGGGGGGUC